UUGUCUGAUGCAACUGAAAAGCGUUUCACUGAUGUCAUCAAUAUCAUUCAAGAGCUGCUGGAGGCUUGUGUGAAUGCAGAGCACUUCUAUGGGGAAGAGAUGGAAGCCAUUAAGAAGAAGCUGGAAGAGAGUAAACUGAGGGAGCAGUCAGCUCAAGAGACCAAGAAAAGGACUGAGAAGGCAGUGAGUGCCAUGGAGAAGGAACUGGAUCAGGCUCACGAGAGCUACAAGAAAGCUCUGGAUUCUCUCCCUAGUGGAUGGGAAAUGAUUGGCAUGGAUGUGGUUGGUGGGAUAACAGAGAGCAUCACAGGCCUGAUUAAUGGACUGACAUCUGUUAUUGCUCACCCAGUGAGAAACGUGUGUUCUGCAACAACAAAGAUAGCUGAUACUUGGAGCCACAUUAGAGAUCAGGAAAGUGUAAGAGACGUGAUUGCUGAAAUAAAUGCAUAUAGUAAAUCUGCUGAAAUUUUAAAAUGUGUCCUGAAUAUCCAGCAGCUGAUGAAUGUGGAAAGUGAGGAUGAUGACAUUAACUGGAAAAAACUAUACGAUCAGAAGAAAAAAUGUACAGAAAGUGAUUUCAUAAAUAUACAGUUCAAAAGAAUCACUGAUGAUUUAAAGAAAAUCUCUGGCUGCCCAGCAAAAAAACAAGCUCAGAAGUUGUGCAAAAAGGGCAUGGAAAUAUGCAGCCAGCUGGAAAAAUAUGCACCAGAUGGCAAAUGUGACAAAGACAAAAGCACUGAAAUAAUACAAGAGGUCUUGGAUCUGAUCGAGUCAGCUCAAAUUUUUGAUUGCAAAAGCAAAGACAUCACAAAUUCUCCAGCCAUUUCUCCAAUACCUCCAAUGAUGUAUAAAGAAGGAAACAAGUCAGAGAACAGGAGUCCUUCUCAGAAGGCCGCGGAGAAUGCAAGAUUCUCCAUAGAGCAGAACCGAGCUCAGCUGAACAAGACAAGAGAGACUUAUGAGAAGUGUGUGGAGAACCUAGAGAAGAACCACAAGGAACUAACUGAAAUCCUGGUCACUAUGAGAAAUUGUGAACUGAAAGAGAUCGACUUCAAUACUACCAUACAGAUGCUGGUCAAAGGAAUGGAUGCCAUG